AUGUCAUUCUCCGGACGCAAGUUUUCAAUCAACAGAAACACCGGUGCUCCGCGUGAACGACGCUUUUCGACCGCUAAGGGACCUUCGGAGAGUGAACUCAAUUCCGCGGCCCACCGUCAAUUCAGAAAUGCCCAUGAUGGCCACAAGCCGCAUGCAGGAUUAGAUCCGUCUCGUGCUUCGACUGGUGUCGUCUGGUGUACAGAAAGGGCGUAUGAGCAAGGAUACCUCGAAGCUCCUCAUAAGUGGGCGAACUUCGGACAAGGAGCUCCUGAGUGUGAGGAUGAGAUCGAGGGUUGCUUCCCCAGACCAACUGAAAUCCCUCUCAGUCUGAAUGCUCGCGAAUACGGUCCUACCGCCGGUAUCAAACCUCUCCGUGAGGCUGUUGCCAAACUCUACAAUGAACAUCAUAGACGCAAUCGUCGUAGCCAGUACACCUGGGAGAAUGUCGCCAUUGUUCCUGGUGGCCGUGCUGGUCUAAUCCGUGUCGCCGCCGUCCUUAACAAUGCGUAUCUUGGUUUCUUCAUCCCGGACUACACCGCCUACAACGAGAUGCUUUCUUUGUUCAAAAACUUUGCUGCUAUUCCAUCUCCACUCUCUGUUCACGAUGAAUAUCAGAUUCAUCCAGACAAGAUCGCGGAGGAAAUCGCUAGAGGUGUUAGUGUCAUUAUCACCUCUAAUCCUCGUAACCCAACUGGCGGUGUCGUGAAGAACCCUGAUCUCGCUGAGAUCCAAGGAAUUUGCCGAGAUCGUGCUACAUUGAUCAUGGAUGAGUUUUACGGAGGUUACAAUUAUAGCACUAACUGUGAUGGAACCGUUAUCUCUGCCGCCGACAAUAUUGAUGACGUCGACGAAGAUGACGUUCUGAUUAUUGAUGGGCUUACCAAGCGUUUCAGACUUCCUGGCCUUCGUGUUGCUUGGAUUGUUGGUCCUAAGGAAUUCAUCAAAGCAAUCGGAUCCUGUGGUAGCUACCUUGAUGGUGGUGCCAAUGUUGCGUUCCAAGAAGCCGCUGUUCCAAUGCUUGAGCCCGCCAAGGUUAAGGAGGAGAUGAAAGCUUUGCAAACACACUUUAAGAUGAAGAGAGACUAUGUUAUUGAGCGAUUGAGGGAGAUUGGUUUCAAGGACGUCAAAGUCCCAGAGGCCACCUUUUACAUUUGGCUUGACGUCGAAUGCCUCCCCAAGAAAAUCAACGACGGUUUGAACUUCUUCCAGGCUUGUCUUAAGGAGAAGGUCAUUGUUGUGCCCGGUAUUUUCUUCGACUUGAACCCUGCGAUGAGAAGAGAUUUGUUUGACAGCCCUUGCCACCAUUUCGUCCGUCUCUCGUUUGGCCCGAAGAUGGAUGUCUUGAAGAAGGGUCUUGAUGGUAUCGAGCGUGUUGUCAAGAAGCACGUUGCUGAGGAACAAGCUAUUGAGGACGAUGAUUGA